AUGGUAAGCGUAUCACCUGAUAGGGACAGGAGGAAGGUUCUAGUGACACUGAGUAUACUUGGCACAGAGAUGUGUGAGAGGUUGGCCUUCUACAGCGUCAGUGCCAACAUGGUUCUGUUUGGUACCAGUACUCUUGGUCUGGACACGGUGGACGCUACAAGUAUUAGUUUGGCUUUUAGCGCACUGGCCAAUCUUUUCCCUGUAGUUGGUGGCUACAUUUCCGAUUCAUGGCUUGGAAGAUUUCGAACCAUUUUGUUUUCAGGAAUUUUAAACGUAGUAGCAAUGCUAUUUAUUCAAUGUGCUGCUAUAGACUUUCACGACUGGUUUGAGAAGGAUCUAACGCAGGUGGGUAAGCGAGUUGUCUAUCUUGUGGGAUUAUUUCUCUUAACUGUCGGCACUGGAGGUCUCAAGGCCAACAUUAGUCCAUUCGGUGCUGAGCAACUGGACAGUCUGGGUAAAGAGGCCGUCCAAUCUUUUUUUAACUGGUUCUAUUGGGUCAUUAAUAUUGGCGCCCUCGUGGCGUAUGCAGGUGUGGCGUACCUUCAACAGAACGUGAGCUUCACCUGGGGACUGUUUCUGCCUCUAGUUGUUACACUCCUUCAGAUCAUUCUGUUUGUUUUACCUAGAAACAUGUACACAAGAACACGGCCCGCGGGUAAGAUAUGGACUACUUCCUACAGCCCAAUUCUUCCACCUUUAGCUUUAUCUGCCUACAGCCCAAGAAGUGUGUUGGUCGUGGCUCUGAAAAUACUUCGUCAAGGGUGUUGUCAUCGCCCUCCGCAUCCAGAUCCUAAGCUACCGGAAGGCUCGGAGCGGAAACUGUUCGCACGAGCCAAGACUAACUUCGGAGGAAGUUUUAAUGACGUCACAGUGGAAGGUUUAGCUGACGUCAUCAGCGUGCUGCCGUUUUGUCUACUCGUCAUAAUGUACUACGCCAUUUACUCCCAGACUACCAGCUCAUUCUUUGUUCAGUCGGAAAGAUUGGAUGUGAGGCUUGGCUCAAUCAACGUGCCAGCAGCCAUGCUGAACACAAUAGGCAACAUCAGUAUUAUAAUCCUUAUACCUGUGAUUGACAGACUCUUUUAUCCGUGCAUGAAGAAAAUUGGUUUACCUUUGACCUACCUGAAACGAAUAGGAGCUGGCAUGGUUCUGUCUGUGGUUGCUGUCGUUGUAGCCGGAGUGGUUGAGAUCUAUCGGAAGGAUGUCAUGAAUCAGCCAGGCGGAUCUCAUGUUCAAGUUUUAGCCAAUGAAAAUUUCACCGCAUCCUCGAUGUCUGUCUUUGUUCAAGUUCCUCAGUUCGCCAUAGUGGGCGCUAGUGAAAUCUUCACCAGUGUGACUUGUCUUGAGUUCGCCUACACCCAAGCCCCAGCAAGUCUUCAGGGUCUUCUGACUGGUCUGUUUCUUGCAGCUUGGGGUAUAGGCAACUUGGUGUCAAUGGCAAUCUUGCUGGUGGUCGAGCGAGCUACUAUACUAGAUCCCUGGUACGGAGACGAAAUCAAUCAUGUCAAGAUGGAAAAUCUGAUGUUUUUGUUAGCAGGACUAAUGGCUGCCAACUUUGUUAUUUUUUGUGGGGUGGCGCUGAGAUUUAAGUACAAGGAGACGGCGCCAAAUUUAAAUUCUGCCGAGCACAAAGACAAAAUUGAACACCAGACAGAAGGAACUACUCAUAAACCAUUAGAACUGUGAUGUAAAUAUGAGAUGUUUUUAUGUCUUGUAAAUAUAUGAUGUAAAUAUAUGAUGUAAAUAUAUGAUGAUCCCACUUUCGGUCAGAGUGUUACAAGGUCAUCUGUCGUCAUCGAGAAGUACAUAGAAGUCUAUUUAUGGAGCGCUGGUUGUGAGUGUGCAUGUGUUUCGUGUGUGAAUUUUGUAUUUCAUCUAUAUUGUUAUUGUACAGUAGUUACGCUGAGGUUGUCAAUUGUAGUCAAACUGAAUUUCUAUUUGAUUGAAUCAAUAAAAAUUAUCUUAUCUUAUCUU